AUGUCGACGACCAACUCUCAAAGUGACAUUGUCCCCCCGAAGCGACGGGGCAUCAGCUCCUUCCUUCGUGAUCCCUGGACGCAAAUCGCCAUUGUCUCGCUCAUCGCCUUUUGCAACCCGGGCAUGUACAAUGCGCUGACCGGCAUGGGGGGGUCCGGCCAGGUCAACGGGACCGUCGCCGCCAACUCCAACGUCGCCACGCACGCCUGCACCGCCGCCGUUGCUCUGCCCCUCGUGGGCACGUUCUACCGUUAUCUCGGCCCCCGCACGUCGCUGAUCCUGGGAGGCUGGACCUACGCCCUGUACGCCGGCUCGCUCCUCAACUUCAACAGGACCAAGAACGGGCCCUUUGUCAUUGCGUCUGGGGCCCUGCUCGGCAUCGGUGCCGCCUUCUUCUGGGUCGCGCAGGGAACAGUCAUGGUCUCCUACACCACGGACCGUACUCGAGGUCGCGCCAUUGGCCUGUUCUGGGUCAUCUUCAACCUCGGAGGGGCCAUUGGCUCUCUGGCCAGCUUUGGCCUCAACUUUCAUUCCAAGUCUGGCACGGUCACCGACUCCACCUACAUUGCCUACAUUGUCGUCAUGCUCUUUGGCUGGGCGCUGUCUUCACUUGUUGUCUCGGCGGAAGAUCUUUCUGCCAAGUAUACCGGAACCAGAACAAGGCGCGAGACGCACAAGAUUACGUGGGGAAAUCUGCGAAACACGCUGGCCGAAGCGGUCAAGAUUGUAUUGAGCUGGAGGAAUCUGUGUCUGUACCCCAUGUUUUUCACCGCCAACGUCUUUUACUCGUACCAGCAAAACAACGUCAACGGUGCGACUUUUACUCUACGAACCAGAUCUCUCAACGGGGCGCUGUACUGGAUGGCGCAAAUGUUUGGCGGCCUGUUCAUGGGGUUUGUUCUCGAUUCCAGCUUCGCUCGAAAGCCAACCCGUGCUCGGGCGGGCUGGUCUCUGCUUCUGGUGUCAGCUCUGGCCAUCUGGGGGGGCGGAUACAAAUUCCAGCUGUGGAACAACGUGAGACUGAGCCACGGCCACAAGCAGGACAUUGAUUACACGGACGGCAGCGUCUUCCUCGGCCCCAUGUUUCUCUACAUCUUCUACGGCGCUUUCGACUCCUUCUGGCAAAGCUUUUGCUACUGGAUCAUUGGGGCACAGUCGCAUAACCCGGUGGUCAACGCUGUGGUGGUGGGUGCUUACUCUGCAUUGAAGCCGGGAGGAGCAGCCAUGGCAUGGCGGAUCAACGCCGAGAAAUAUUCGGCCAUGACACAGUUUGCCAUGAACUGGGGAAUGGCGGUUGGGGGUCUCUUGGUAGCCCUCCCGACUAUUCUCGUCACUGGCAAAGAAGAUAACAAUUCUGACGCUGAUGUGGAGGAAGUCAAGGAGGUGGUACAGGAGAAGCUUUAG